AUGGUACAAAAGUGUUGCGUUACCAGUUGCAGAUCCCAACGGUUUGGAAAUCCGGGUUUAAAAUUACAUAAGUUCCCUAAUCGAAAAAGUKUAAGUGAUAAAUGGGUGGCAGCAGUGAAUAAAAAUUGUAAGUUUCUACCAACUAUCCAUACAAGAAUUUGCAGUAGGCAUUUCAAAGCUUCUGACUAUAUAACUAUUUUUGAUGCAAAGAGGCUUAAAAGUAAUGCUAUUCCAUCUAUAUUUCACCCACACAAAACUUUUUUACUUGAAUUUGAAGAGAUUGAGGUAAAUAAUUAUGUACCACCAAAUUCCACACAAAAAAUGAAUUUUUUAGGAGACGAAGGGUUGUUUGAUCAGAAUUUAGAAUUUGAAGAGAUUGUAGUAAAUAAUUAUGUAGCACCAAAUUCUACACAAAAAAUGAAUUUUGUAGGAGACGAAGGGCUAUCAGAUCAAAAUAAUGAAUUUGAAGAGAUUGUAAAUAAUUAUAUAGCACAAAAUUCUACACAAAAAAUUAAUUUUUUAGAAGACGAUGAGCUGUUAAAUCAGAUCUUAGAAUUUGAAGAGAGCGUGGGAAAUGAUAAUGUACCACCAACUUCUACAGACAAAAUUCAGUUGUUAGAAAAUGAUGUGCUAUUAAAUCAGUUCUUAGAAACUGAAUACAUUCCAAGGAUUGCGACAUCAAAGAAGACCGAGAUAUUGUAUCAGGCUACURCCGUUUCUGUUGCCACAAUUGAACUUGAACAUAAUUACUCUAAGCAGACAUUUCCAAUCACAUCAGUGGRAAAUAAACUUUUGGAUCAGCCUASAGUCUUGUUGGGUAAAAAUUUAUUUAAAUUGUAUUAA